GCUAGGGAGGCGUGCACGUGUGGACCUAUUUUUCGUAAAAAAGGCAAACUUUCUUUCCGGCAGUAUUUGAUUGCGCCGGUGUAUAUAGAUAGAUAGAUGGUGAACGUGGCCUUUUGUCCGUGAUACGUCCGUGCAUGGGCGUCUUCUGCGUCUGGCUGCGAUUUUCUCUCCGUGUAUGCACCAAGGCGACAACGAGAUGACUGCAAGCUUCCUGCACAUAGGGGAUGUGGUCUCCCUGUAUGCAGAGGGGCCUGUGCAUGGCUUCAUCAGCACGCUGGGGCUUGUGGACGACCGCUGUGUCGUUCAGCCAGAUGUUGGGGACCUCGGCAACCCACCUAAGAAAUUCCGCGACUGCCUCUUUAGGAUGUGCCCCAUGAACAGAUACUCGGCUCAGAAGCAGUUCCUGAAGGCGGCCAAGCCAGCGAUCCACAGCUCUACGGACAGUCUGCUUCUCAAGAAACUUCAACAUGCUGCGGACCUUGAGAAGAAACAGAAUGAGUCUGAAAACAAGAAACUGCUUGGAACUGUAAUCCAGUAUGGCAACGUGGUUCAGCUGCUGCACAUGAAGAGCAACAAGUACAUGACGGUGAACAAGCGACUGCCCGCGCUGCUGGAGAAGAAUGCGAUGCGCGUGGUGCUGAACGGCUCCGGCAACGAGGGAUCCUGGUUCUACGUCCAGCCCUUCUACAAGCUCCGCUCCAUGGGCGACAGCGUUGUGGUUGGAGACAAGGUGGUUCUGAACCCUGUGAAUGCUGGGCAGCCACUGCAUGCCAGCAAUUAUGAACUGGUAGAUAAUCCAGGCUGCAAGGAGGUCAACUCUGUGAACUGCAGCACAAGCUGGAAAAUCUCUCUGUUCAUGACGUGGAGUGAAAACAAGGAGGACAUCCUGAAAGGGGGUGACGUUGUACGACUGUUCCACGCGGAGCAAGAGAAGUUCCUGACGAGUGACGAGUACCGCAAGAAGCAGCACGUGUUCCUGCGAACGACGGGCCGCCAGUCGGCGACCUCCGCCACCAGCUCCAAGGCCCUCUGGGAGAUUGAGGUCGUUCAGCACGACCCUUGCCGAGAAGGCGCCGGCCACUGGAACAGUCUCUUCCGAUUCAAGCAUCUCUCCACCGGGGACCAUCUGGCUGCGGAGGUAAAUCCUGAUUACAAGGAACAGCCACAAGAGAUGGCUGUAGGAGCUUCGGUGGACGCCGAACCGGCAAGCAGCGCCGCGCGGAGCAAGCGCGACCGCAUGAUGUUCACACUGGUGCCCGUGGACCACGGCAGUGACAUCGCCUCCAUCUUCGAGCUGGACCCUACUACCAUGCAGAGGGGAGACUCGCUCGUGCCCCGGAACUCGUACGUGAGGCUGCGUCACCUGUGCACCAACACGUGGGUGCACAGCACCACGUCUCCAAUCGACACGGAGGAGGAGAAGCCAGUGAUGCUUAAAAUCGGCACGUGUGCAGUGAAGGAGGACAAGGAGGCGUUUGCAAUCGUCCCCGUGUCUCCCUUGGAGGUCCGAGAUCUGGACUUUGCAAACGAUGCCAGCAAGGUCCUGGCCUCGAUCGCUGUGAAGCUGGAGAAGGGGACCAUCACCCAGAACGAGAGGAGGUUUGUGACGAAGCUGCUGGAGGACCUGGUGUUCUUCAUCGCGGAGAUCCCUAACACGGGACAGGAGGCGCUGGACGUUGUCGUCGCCAAACCCAACCGCGAGCGGCAGAAGCUGAUGCGCGAGCAGAACAUCCUGAAGCAGAUUUUCAAGCUGCUGCAGGCACCUUUCGUGGACGGAGGCGACGGGCCGAUGCUGCAGAUGGAGGAACUGUCCGACCAGCGGCACGCCCCCUUCCGCCACAUCUGCCGCCUGUGCUACCGCGUGUUGCGCCACUCGCAGCACGGAUACCGCAAAAACCAGGAGUACAUUGCCAAGCAGUUCGGCUUCAUGCAGAAGCAGAUUGGCUACGACGUGCUGGCGGAGGACACCAUCACCGCACUGCUGCACAACAACCGCAAGCUGCUGGAGAAGCACAUCACGGCCGCCGAGAUCGAGACCUUCGUGUCCCUCGUGCGCAAGAGCCGAGAGCCGCGGUUCCUGGACUACCUGUCGGACCUCUGCGUGUCCAACCAAACGGCCAUCCCCAUCACCCAGGAGCUCAUCUGCAAGGCCGUACUGAACCCAGCCAACGCCGACCUGCUAAUCGAAACAAAGCUGCUGCUGCCUCCGCGUGGUGAUUCGGACACCGACCUGUGCGGAGACAGCCACCUGUCUGUCGGCGAGGAGGAAGAGGAGGAGGAGGAGGAGGUUUGGCUCAUGUGGUUCGACGCCGAGAAGUUGUCGCGCUGCAAGAGUAUCCGCGAGCUGGCGCAGGAGGCGAGGGAGGGCUCUGAGGACGACCAAGCGGUGCUCACCUACUUCCGGUACCAGUUAAACCUCUUCUCGCGGAUGUGCCUGGACCGCCAGUACCUGGCGAUCAAUGCCGUGUCUGGCCAGCUGGACGUGGGCCUCCUGCAGCGCUGCAUGGCCGACGAGUCUUUGCCCUUUGACCUGCGCGCCUCCUUCUGCCGCCUCAUGCUGCACAUGCACGUGGACCGCGACCCCCAAGAGCCCGUGACCCCGGUCAAGUACGCGCGGCUCUGGUCGGAGAUCCCCUCCAAGGUCACAGUGGACGAUUAUGACUCGGGCAGUGGUUCGGUGCACGACGACGCGAAGCCCAAGUUUGCUCGCACCAUCGCCUUCGUGGACGAGUACCUGCGCGAGGUCCUGGGGCAGGUGCUGCCCUUUGCCGACCAGGAGAAGAACAAGCUCACCUUCGAGGUCGUGAGCCUGGCUCGGCAGCUGAUCUACUUUGGCUUCUACAGCUUCAGCGACCUGCUGCGGCUCACCAGGACUCUGCUGGCCAUCCUCGACUCCGUGCCGGCGCCACGGCAGGCGUCCUGUGCGCCAGUGGACGGGGCGGCUGCCGGCCACUCGGCCAGCAGCAGCAGCAGCCGGGUGAUGCGCUCGAUCCACGAGGUGGGGGAGAUGAUGUCCCAGGUGGUGAUGGGCGGGGAGGUGUUCUCCGGCGGAUCGGACACACCGGACGUGGAAAGCAAGGCGGUGGGCGCUGCUGGAGAGCUUCACUCGGAGAGCCUCAUCGUGAUGGACACCAAACGCAAGGUCAUCGAGAUCCUGCAGUUCAUCCUGAACGUGCGUCUCGACUAUCGCAUCUCGUGCCUCCUCUCGAUCUUCAAGCAAGAGUUUGACGAGAGCAGCACAAGAGUAGUGAGCACUGACAGUGGCCAGAGAGCCCCUGCUGCACCUGUUUUGGAUUUCGAAAGCAUCAGUGACCAAGCGGAAGCCAUGUUUAAUGGGGUGGAGGAGAACGCGGCUCUGGACCUGGACGAGGAGGGUGGCCGCAUGUUCCUGCGGGUGCUGCUGCACCUCACACUACACAACUACCCCCCCCUCGUCUCGGGGGCCCUUCACCUCCUCUUCAAGCACUUCAGCCAGCGGCAGGAGGUGCUGCAGGCCUUCAAGCAGGUCCAACUGCUGGUGACGAGCCAGGACGUGGAGAACUACAAGCAGAUCAAGACCGACCUGGACCAGCUGCGCCUUCUGGUGGAGAAGUCUGAGUUGUGGGUCCACAAGGGGUGGCAGGAGGAGGAGGAGGGCGGCGGGGGUGGCGUGGACCUGGGGGGCCCGUCUGGACCGGGCACCGAUGGGGACAUCUCGCAGGCUGCAGACAAAUCUUCACAUACGAAGUCGGCUAACAUCAAAAACUACACCACGAUCCAAGAGGUGCUGCAGCGGCUGAGCAAGCUGUGCGUACAGGACGGCUCGAGUGGGCGGCGCAACCGCAAGCAGCAGCAGCGGCUCCUCCGCAACAUGGGGGCGCACAGUGUCGUGCUGGAGCUGCUGGAGAUACCCUACUCCAAGGCAGAAGACUUCCGAAUGAAUGACAUCAUGAGGCUGGCCCACGAGUUCCUGCAAAACUUCUGCAGUGGAAACCAACAGAACCAGGCACUGCUCUACAAACACCUGCAUCUCUUCCUGAGCCCCGGGCUUUUGGAGGCGUGCACGAUGCAGGCCAUCUUCCUGAACAACACGCAGCUGUGCGGAGAGGUGACGGACCGCGUGGUGCAGCACUUUGUGCGCAGCAUCGAGACGCACGGCCGCCACGUGCAGUACCUGCGCUUCCUGCAGACCGUUGUGCGCUCCGAGGGCAAGUUCAACAAGAAGUGCCAAGACCUGGUGAUGGCUGAGUUGGCGAGCGCCGGCGAGGAGGUGCUGGUCUUCUACAACGACCGCACGUCCUUCCAGACGCUGCUGGGGCUCAUGUGCUCGGAGCGCGAGCGCGAGGACCGCGCCGGUGCGCUGGCGUACCACAUCACGCUCGUCGAGCUGCUCGCCUCCUGCACCGAGGGCAAGAACGUCUACACGGAGAUCAAGUGCAACUCUCUGCUCCCGCUGGAGGACGUCGUCCGUGUGGUCGUGCACGAGGACUGCAUCCCUGAGAUCAAAAUCGCGUACGUCAACUUCUUAAACCACUGCUACGUGGACACGGAGGUGGAGAUGAAGGAGAUCUACAACAGCAACCACAUGUGGAACCUCUUUGAAAGCUUCCUCGCCGACAUCGCCACGGUGUGCAGCCCCAAGAAGCAGCGGACGCAUGGCGACAUCGCGCUGGAGACGUACGUCUCGGAGACGGUGAUGAGCAUCGUCUCCUCGUUCUUCAGCUCCCCCUUCUCCGACCAGAGCACCAGUCUGCAGGCGCGGCAGCCGGUGUUUGUGCAGCUCCUGCAGGGCGCGUUCCGCGUCUACCACAGCCAGUGGCCGACCCUGAUGCAGAAGGCCAGUGUGGAGGGCUGCAUACGCUGCUUGGCAGAAGUCGCGAAAAGCCGCACCAUAGCGAUCCCCGUGGACCUGGACAGCCAGGUGAACUCGCUGUUCCUCAAGCCGACGCACCUGGUGCAGAAGACGGCGUUGAACUGGAAGAUGAACGCACGGGCGUGCGCAAGGGGGGCACGGGAAUCCAUCAGCUCUGCCUCCUGGGACUACCGCAACAUCAUCGAGCGCCUGCAGGACAUCGUGUCGGGCCUGGAAGUUCAGCUGAGGCCGCUGGUGCUGGCUGAGCUCUCAGUGCUGGUGGACGUGCUGCACUUCCCCGAGCAGCUGUUCCCCGAGGGCUCGGAGGGACGCGACAAGUGUCAGAGCGGCGGCUUCAUCUGCAAGCUCAUCAAGCACACAAAGCAGCUGAUGGAGGAGAACGAGGAGAAGCUGUGCAUCAAGGUGCUCCACACGCUGCGGGAGAUGACCCAACAGGACCUGGACUUCAAGGACAAGGGCGAGGCGUUGCGGCAGAACCUGCUGCUGCGUUACUAUGGAGCCUCCACGGUGCAGACGGGACAUCGCGACGGUGGGGGGGGCCCGCACCUGGGGAGCGGCGGCGGAGGAGGAGCGGCGUCACGCCCAGUCGGAACGGCCGCGGGGAGCGGCCAGGCCUCCGUGACCCCGGCAUUACUCAACCGCUCCGAGAUGACCCUUGCCAGCAUCCAAUGCCACCUCGACCAGGAGGGGGCCUCCGACCUCGUGAUCGACCUCGUCGUGAGCACGACGAGCGAUCGCAUCUUCCACGACAGCGUCUUGCUGGGGAUUGCCCUGCUGGAGGGGGGGAACACCACCAUACAGCACUCGUUUUACCGUCGACUCACCGAGGACAAGAAAUCUGAGAAGUUCUUCAGGGUUUUCUACGAGCGCAUGAAGGCGGCGCAGCAGGAGAUCAAGGCGACGGUGACUGUCAACACCGCAGAGCUGGGGGGCGAGAACAAGGAGGACGAUGGCACCGAGAAGGAUCUGCCCUCCGUCAGCCACAGGAGAGCUGUGCGGCGAUGCUCGACGAUAUCCUUGAGCGAGGACACGAAACGUUACCGGCGCGACGGUGAUGCGGACACGGAGGAUGGUGGUGGUGGCAUCACACAGGCUGGAGGGAGUAGCUCAACGGCAUCUGGAUCUGGAGAAGGCGGAGGAGGAGAGAGAGCAACCUAUGUGGAGGCGGAUGAGAUCAGCCCACUCAUCUCGAUCAUGGAACCGAUCCUGCGCUUCCUGCAGCUGCUCUGUGAAAACCACAACCCAGCGCUGCAGAACUUCCUGCGCUGCCAGAACAACAAGACCAACUACAACCUGGUGUGCGAGACGCUGCAGUUCCUCGACUGCAUCUGCGGCAGCACCACAGGCGGCCUGGGCUUGCUGGGCCUCUACAUCAACGAGCGCAACGUAGGCCUCAUCAACCAGACGUUGGAGAGUCUCACCGAGUACUGCCAGGGGCCCUGCCACGAGAACCAGAACUGCAUCGCUACGCACGAGUCCAACGGCAUCGACAUCAUCAUCGCGCUGAUUCUCAACGACAUCAACCCCCUCGGCAAGGAUCGCAUGGAGCUCGUGCUGGAGCUUAAGGACAACGCCUCCAAGCUGCUGCUGGCGAUCAUGGAGAGUCGCCACGACAGUGAAAACGCGGAGCGGAUCCUCUACAACAUGCGGCCCAAGGAGCUGGUGGCCGUCAUCAAGAAGGCCUACCACCAGGAGGAUGGCGAGGAUGGCGUGGUGGAGGAGCAGCAGAGCACCUCCCCGAAGGAAGUGGGACACAACAUCUACAUUCUGGCUCACCAGUUGGCUCGACACAACAAGGAGCUUGACCAAAUGCUGCAUCUCUCGUCGAGCCCAGGCGAAGAGGGCAGCGAGGCUCUGGACUACUACACCAAGCACACGUCGCAGAUAGAGAUCGUGCGGCAUGACCGCGUGAUGGAGGAGAUUGUGUUCCCGGUGCCGAACGUGUGCGAGUUCCUCACGAGCCAGUCGAAGUCGCGCGUCUACCUCACCACGGAGCGUGACGACCAGGGCAGCAAGAUCAGCGACUUCUUCCAGAGCUCUCAUGAGCUCUUCUCCGAGAUGGUCUGGCAGAAGCAGCUGAGAGUGCGCCCGAUGCUCUACUGGUGCUCCAGACACAUCACCCUGUGGGGAACCAUCUCCUCCAACCUGACCGUCUUCAUGAACCUCCUGGUUGCCUUCUUCUACCCGUUCAACUCCAGCAGCGGAGGUACUUUGCCAUUGAGCCUGUCCAGGCUGCUGUGGCUGGCCGUGCUGGUUGUGCUGAUGCUCGUGGUACUCCUGCCAAGGCCUCACUCCGUCCGCGCCUUGGUCGUCGUCGUCAUCCUCCGCCUGAUCUUCUCCGUCGGCUGCCAGCCCAUUCUCAUCCUGCUGGGCACCGCCAACGUUCUGAACAAGGUCGUGUUCCUGGUGAGCUUCGUGGGAAACAAGGGAACCUUCACCCACGGUUACCAAGCGAUGGUGAUGGACGUGGAGUUCCUCUUUCACCUCUCCUACCUCAUCAUCUGCGCUCUGGGGCUCGUCAUGCACGAGUUCUUCUACAGCCUGCUGCUCUUUGACCUGGUGUACCGCGAGGAGACUCUGCUCAACGUGAUCAAGAGCGUGACGCGCAACGGCCGCUCCAUCGUGCUCACCGCCGUGCUCGCGCUCAUCCUCGUCUACCUCUUCUCCAUCGUCGGCUUCCUCUUCCUCAAGGACGACUUUGUCAUGGAGGUCGACCGCCUGCCGGCGCUGACCGUCGACUCUCGGGAGAGUGACUUCUGUGACUCGGACAGCGGGAACUGUUCGGACACGACCCGGGACCAUCUCUACGGUGAUCCGCUGCACGGGGCGAAAGAGGACAGGAAGAGCGACGACACUGCCGUGGAGCGGACGUGCGACACGCUGCUCAUGUGCAUCGUGACGGUGCUGAACCAGGGCCUACGCAAUGGCGGCGGCGUCGGAGACGUCCUGCGGCAACCGUCAAAGCAGGAGCCGCUGUUCGUCGCCAGAGUCAUCUACGACCUUCUCUUCUUCUUCAUCGUCAUCAUCAUCGUCUUGAACCUCAUCUUUGGGGUCAUCAUCGACACGUUCGCCGACCUCAGGAGCGAGAAGCAGAAGAAGGAGGAGGUGCUCAAGACCACCUGCUUCAUCUGCGGCCUGGAGAGGGACAAGUUCGACAACAAGACGGUGUCGUUCGAGGAGCACAUCAAGGUGGAGCACAACAUGUGGAAUUACCUCUACUUCAUCGUGCUCAUCAAGGUGAAGGACCCCACUGAGUACACGGGGCCCGAGAGCUACGUCGCACAGAUGAUCCGGGAGGAGAACGUGGAUUGGUUCCCGCGCAUGCGCGCCAUGUCGCUGGUGAGCUCCGAGGGCGAGGGCGAGCAGAACGAGAUGCGCGUGCUGCAGGAGAAGCUGGAGAUGACGGCGCGACUCGUCUCGGGACUCUGCAGCCAAUUGUCCGAGCUCAAGGAACAGAUGACGGAACAAAGGAAAAACAAGCAGAGGCAGGGCCUCCUCUCCAGCAGCCCCCCCCACGGCAACGUCGUGCCGCAUCAGGCCGCCACGUGACACUGCACUCGCCCCCACCGCUCCCUCGGCUCUCACCUGCACUCCGCACCAACCACCCACCCCCUAUUCGCCCACCCACCUAUCUACCAACUUGGCUACCUAUCCACCUGCCCAUGUGUUCACUGACAAACCCUCUCGCCUAUUUGGCAACUAACCUACCUAUCUGCCUACCCAGGUGUCCACCGACCCAUCUACUCGCGCGCUUACCCAACCCUUCUCAAACACCUUUUCCUUCGUUUCAAAAUCUCCCUGCUCAUAUCGGCGCGCCACUUUUUUUCAAACGGCGGCAGUUUCUUUCGGUGUCAUGGCCUCGGAGGUGGCGUUUUUGGUUUCCGUUUUGUUUUUCAUCGUCUGCCACAUCUAGUUGGAAUAAUAAUAUUUAUCCAUUGUUAUUAUUCAUCCGUGCGGUGUGCUUUUUGGUUUAGUUGCACAGUCUGGAAGCUGUGUUUUUGUAGACGUGGUGACAGAAGUGGUUGGCGAUUCGUGUGGGGGGACCACCUGAAGGUCAGUGGCUUAGCACCAGGUUGUAAUGCAUGUUGAUGAUUAUUUAUAAACCGGGCCCUCUGCCUCCUGCUCCCCUCUCCCUGUUUAUUCCCCCCCAACAACUUUCUUGCCACCCACCCCCAACCCUAUGCAACCACCACCCACGAGCCAUAUCCCCUUUCCUCCCAGACAGCUACCCCUCCCGCCUCACCCACCCCCACCACAGCCCAUGCCAGACAUCUGACUACCCCCAACUACCCCGAAAAUAAAUUUCCCUCCUCUUGCCCCCCCCCCCCACGCCUCCCUCAUCCUGCAGUCGUCACGCAGUUCCAUCACGUCCCAUCCACCCUGCCCAUGGCCACCUCCUCCCCACCUCCCAAAAAAACGAAACCAAAAAAAAACCCCACUCGGCUUUCGCCCACAACAGUGAGUCACGCCGCCGCCUCCGCUGCUGCACGUAGGCCCCGCGGGGCGCAGUGGUAGGGAACAAAAAAAUCGUAGGAAGUCCCCGCUGUAGAAAUUACUGCCGCUCGAGAUAUAUUUUUUUUUUCUCAAGUCAUUUUCGGCAAUCUUCGGCAAAAUUGGGGCCUGCCAGGCUGGCUUCGUGACGUACGCGAGCUGCCACUCCGCGCAACCAAUCGCAACAACAUCAUCAUCAUCGUUAUAACUACCGAGUGCCUUUUGUAUCCUUGCCGUUGGUUGUUAACGGUGGGCGUUUUCGUUUUCCAUGGCCGCAGAUUUAUGUCCCUGGACUUUCCGUUUUUGCGGCGGUGGAUCCCCGAUUGGGUCACCGGAUACACUCCGCCGGUUUGGGUUGAGACGGCUGUGGGUGCGCGUGGGCUCGCGUGACCUGCGUACGUACAUAUGGUAUGCUGAUACUUCUUUCGCACCGUACGUAGGUAACCGUACUUAUCGGAAGGUCUGCGGGGGGGAAGAGGGGGGUGACAAUAACCAACAAAGUGGUUGAAGGAAAUGUGGUUUUCAAUCUAGAUUCUGAAAACCUAUUUACCCCCACGACGGCUGUGUGCAGUAAAAUGGCUUCAUUUACUUUUGAAGCAAGCGGCAGGGGGGGGGGGGGAGUUUAGAAUAAUCCAAAGAUCUGCACUUUAAUACUUUAUUGUGCCGCGUUGUGCCGCAACUGCCAGUCCCAACCAACCGUGUGCUUGCGGGGUUGCUUUUAUUUACAAUCUGGUGGCCUUUGUUUUAAGCCCAUGCUUCAUUUUUUGACAGCCGAAUUCAAAUGCUGUUUAGACGUUGACAGUUACUGUACAUGUAGAAGUCGUCAGCUGUGCGUUAGCAAUUGGGCUGUACAUGUUGCUGCCUCCGUUCGUAAAUUAUAUAUUUAUACGUGAAAUGUCCACGGCCGAGAUUAAUCGUUGAGAAAUGUCGGCGGUGCCUUUUUUGCGAGUUAGACUCGUGUAGAAUAUAUUGGUUUAUUUCAGGUCUGUAAAUUAUGCCAUUCUUAUGUCAAUGUUGGUCUCUGGUAUCUGCCUUUUAUUAUUUUGACGGUUCAUGGUUGGGCUUGCUCGUCUUUGUGUGCCAAAGAGAUUAAGACAACUGGACUUUCGUCUAAAAAACAGGAACCGCUCAAUCGAGUAACCAUAAUAAGGGUCGUCCAUCUACAAUACAGCACCCGCACGGCUACACCCAGAUGCAUGGGCAGGAUGCGCAGAUGGCUCUAAUUCCCAGCAGCACCACUCAUCCAUUACCGCACGCGUCGCCGCACGUGACAGACGGCCAUCGCUUUGAUGCAUGCACCGUCACUGACCGGGCGCGACAGGAUGGUGAGGUGGUCCAUCUCAUGAUUUUUUUAAAGGGGGGGGGGGGGCAGUGGGUUGGUUAGCAGUGGCGUGCAUGCGCGGCACGCAUGGACACGUGACCGCACGGACCUUUUUCCUCCACCCGCCCACCCACCUCCCCGCCUUCCAUGUUGCAAUUGCUGCCGUACAGCAAUGAUAGCCUUUUGGGCAAUCGCUGCCCGCGAGAAUUUCUCAACGACCCCGUGACCCCAGAAUGGCAGCGACGUCGAUCGUGCGGUGACUGGAGGGAGGGUGGGGGUGGGUGGGGGGUUGCGUGACAAGUUAUCGAGCUGUCGGUCUCGCGGCACGGUGGCUGAAAUCCCACGGCCAAAAAAAAAUUGCAACACCCACCAAUUUGAUUCUGGAAUAUGAACGAACAAAAACUUAACCAAUCGGACAAUUGAUCUUGGGUUUUUGGUUUCCAGAUUUUUUUUUUCGAAAUGAACAAAUGUGAACCCCGCUUAUGUUGAAGAAAAGGCAACGAAACUUUUGGAGGGCAUGCAGUGGCUUGUAGAUUGUGUGUGUUUGUCAUUGACAAGGCCAUGUGUUUUUUUUUCACAUUGCAGGCUCAAAACGGGGUUGUGUGUAAUGUAAGAGACCUUGACUUUUCUAAGCACGGCUCAUAAUUUAUGCAACGAGCAACGCCCCCUCCUAUUGACGGUGUGCAGCAUUUCUCUGGGAAUGCGGUGUGUAGCUGUAUAAGCAUUUUGAACUGGAGUGUGUGGGUGGGCGGGGCGAUAGGAAUGUAAUCCGUGCAAUAUUUAACAUUGCAGUAAUUUAUGCAGCCUGGCUUAUUUACCGGGAGCAACUAUUUUUUCGUAGCUCGGACCCAGCAGUCCCCAGCCACGUGGUCAACGGUGCGUUCCCAAGCGCUUCGGGAUGUUGUGAACAGUGCCGCCAGCAUGUGACACUUAAGGGGGUGAUGCGGGUUGAUCUUCACUCAUUUUCAGAUGGGGCGCCACUUUUGCCAAAUACGACAUCGGAGUGAGGGCCGUCACACAUUUGAAACCGUUGGGGUUUGACAGCGCGAUGAUGGUGUUUUCCACACGUGUGUUUGUCGCGGGCUGCACUAAAGGGCCGCCAGCGGGCCUUGCAAUGAAGAACACUGGUGUAACGGAUUCGUCGCUCUAUAAAAUCGAUUCUCAAACCCUAAGAUGUUUGUCGAAUCGUGCUCAUUAGAAUCGAUAAUUUUUUAUAUUUUCCAUUCAUAUACCAGUACGUUUAUAUGUAAUACGUUCCCGUUACCUCCGCUGCUGCUGAUGCCUCUACAUUCGCAAUGUUAUAUUUACAACAAUAACAAAAAAAGCCGCUCUUGAAAUGUAUUGUGACCCCCCCCCCCCCCCCCGAACCGUGACAAUUCAUGGCGUCGCAAUGUUGUUGCGUGUUCAGUAGUUACAGGGCCACUGGCUCCAUCUUCCAAGUCCCCAAUGCCUGAUUUAUGUGGCACUUAACGUGCAUGAUAAUAGUAAUAUAUUUGUACUCGCGGGUCUGUCCACUCUACGGAGAGCACGGUGUAACACUGGUGAGGUAUCGAAACGGCAGAAACGCCAAAUAAAUGAAAUGUAUAUUUU